AUGAGCAUGCUUCCCAACAUAAACUCCAGGUUUCAAAAAGGGGUACAACAAUGUGCUGCUGAGUUCUUUCAGGAAUACUGUCGUUAUCUUGGCUAUAGAUUCAACGAGUGCCAAAACAAUGGUUUCAUUCCCCAGCACAUUGAUUUGUCAUAUUUGAAAACAUUUUUUUUCAAUCUGAGAAGUGAAAUACUUUGCUUGAAGUGUAACACUGUGAGCUGCAACUCUAGCAUGGAGACACUUCUUCCUCUUCACCUUGCCCAGGUAACAACCUACGUGUAGUAUAAUGAAGAAGUAGAAAAGAGAAGAUAUGUUAGGUCUCAGCAAAUGAUCACUGAUAUGGUGGCUUAUUUUCUGAAAAGACAUCUUGAAAGCAUGCUAAACAAUCAUGGUUAACAUACUGAUCACAUCUUGUUAAUUACUUGCCAAAUUAACCAUCACAGGGGUCAAAAGUCAAUAAUGAAAGCCGCUUGGAAAAUACAGUGUUACUAUGAAAGCCACAAAACAUACAUAUAAGGCUGGUUUGUCACAAGAGAUCAAACACUUGCACUGUAAAGAAUGACUUCUCCUAACCUGGAGGUGUUACGUCUACUUUUCCACAAAACUUUUUAGAAAAUAACAAAUAUAUAAGCCUAAGGGUGAAAAGAUAGGGAGAUUUCCAUUACUUUGUACUCCUUUGUACUUUCUUUUAAUUAUGAAUUAUAAAAGGGAAGGGUUAAAAGGGAAAUGGGAAAAGUAGCAAGGAAAAUCAAUUGUUCUGCUAUUCAAAUGAUUUUAAUCACAUUUUCAUUAGGGAAGCAGUCUUCAGGAGCUUGUAAAGGCGCAUAGCCAACCAGUACAGCUGGAGACACCAUAUAUGUGCUACAAGUAAGCUGUACAUGACUGUCACUUUCCUGCGUGUAACUAACAUGGAUCAAUAGUUGAUUAUUACAUGGGUUUCGUGGACCUGAGGCUUCAUUUCUUGUAAUAUCAUUGAUCUCGAAAUCCAUACAUUGCUAUCCUUUUGAAAGUCUCUACAGGGGGAUCAUGUGCUGCUGCUGAAAUAAUACUGGAAAAGUGAAUGAACAUUGGGAUUGGCUAUUGGCUUGCACACACUCAAUAUGUGAUAAAAUUGAUAACAUUAUGCAAAAAAGGAUGAGUACCAUUAUACUAGAAACGGGAAAAAAUGGAAACAAAACAGAUAAUUACAUUCCUAGGACAAUGAUGUGGAAAUACUCUUGCAAAGCCAAAAAAAAAAAAGAAAUACAUGACAAAUAGGAUCAAUAAAUGUACAAAAUAAGAAAAAAAAAUAAGGAUUAAAAUGAUGUUAAAUACAGAGUUGUAACACAAUAUUAACAUGCAAUUAUAAGAUACCGUAUUUCUUCACCUAUAAGCCGAUCUCGGCUAUAAGCCGAGACCCUGAAAGUCAGGGUCUUUCCACUAGACUCAGGCUGCCCAAAAAAAAAAGUAAAACCAUCGGCUAUAAGCCGAGAGCGAAAUUAUUGAUUGUAACUGGCCAUUUGAGCAAGCGAACCUCACAGAAAACAUAAGAAAUUCACUCACUGAACACAAAACGUAAUGAAUUACAAUAAACACAAAAGAAAAAAAGCGAACCAAUGAAGAGACAACAGAUCAACCACAACAACAAUCUCAGUUAAACGUUUCAAAGUAUCAAUCGAUCGAGUAUCCCUUUCGUCGCCGUUACUUUUAUCAUCAUGCCUAAAGCACGCCGUUCCACGUAUAGUAUGGCUUUCAAGAUAAAAGUUAUCGGAAGCUGAAGCGGUAGAAAACAACUCGGAAAUCGCUCGAGAAUAUGGACUAAGCGAGUCCAUGGUACGACCCUGGAGAAGAAACCAGGCGACUAUUCUUUCUGGUGAGCUGAAGAUGUCUGCAAAACGUGCGACGAUGGGCCGUUUCACUCUGAAAUAUCGCGAACUAGACCAGCAAGUGAUGGAGUGGUUUUCACAGCAAAGAGAACAAGGUUGGUAUUUACUUUGUUUAUCGGAACGUGUAAGAGUUUUUGUAGAGUUGAAUGAUAUCGUCUUUCAGUGCGUGGGAAACAGAGACUUUGAUUGGCCAGAAAUGUGUUGUUGUCAUGACAAUUUCAUAACAUGUCACGAAAAGAGUGCUGCAGUCACGAAUCUACGGUUAUCUCGCAUCAAAAUAAGAUUGUUAUUUUAUUUUUCGUAGGUAUUGCUGUGAGUGGAUUGAUGCUUCGCCUUAAAGCUAAAGAGCUCACCGAUGAUCCUUCUUUCAAAGCUUCCCGUGGAUGGUACGAGAAAUGGAAACAACGCCACUCGGUCAGCAUGCAAACGAAAACAACUCUGGCCCAGCGAUUGCCCGCCGACCUCGAAGAGAAUGUUGUGCGGUUUCACCGCUUCGUCAUUGCACCAAUUUCAUAAAAGUGACUAACCAAUAUUCAGAAGUUAUUUUUGUUGUGUUUUAUUACUUCUGCUUCAUUGCUAACUUGACGACAAGCCGGGGGGUAAAGUUAUUCAGCAACUGUAUAUUUUUAAAAUCUAAAACCCUCGGCUACAAGCCGAACCCCGUUCUUCGUGAAAAAUCUCCCAAAAUUUUGGGUUGAAAACUGAAAAAAUCGCUCGGCUUAUAGGUGAAGAAAUACGGUAUCUUAUUUUUUAAAAUUUCUUCACUUAAAGAUUGAAAGCACGUCCUUUUUCACAAUUAUUUAAUAUUCUUUUACUAGCUGCAAAGAUCAAACUGAAGCUUGGAAGCGUUUGGUUAUUGGCAAAGUACCUAAUACCAUCUGUCUCCAACUCUUGCGUUUCAAUUCCAGUGGUGAUAAGAUCAAGCAAACAGUAAAGUAUGAUGAAACCCUCACACUUACUGAAGUAAGUGGGGCGGAUAAAUCAGGGUCAACAGGAAGUGCUUUAGUACCUUACGAGCUUGUCGCUGUUGUAGUGCACCUCGGAAACAAUCUAUCUUCAGGUCACUAUGUCUGCUUCAUGAAAAGGAAUGGGUUGUGGUAUUGUGCUGAUGAUGCUCGUAUCAAAGAAUGCACUGCAUUUGAGGCCACUAGCCAACAAGCAUAUCUAUUAUUUUAUGAAAAGGCUGAUGCUUCUGAUGUCCCUGAGGUAGAAGUACCACACAACCUGAGUUCUUUUCCAUCAGCAACUGACAGCAAGCAAAAUCCUUCCAAGGAAAACAUGCAAAUCCAGCAAGCUACUCCACCAUCCUUUUACAUCACCGAACCGUGUUUUGAUGUGCAAACUGCAGCAGUUUGUAAAACUGCAAAAGGAAGCCCUGCACUACAGUACAUGUCAAUAUGCGACUCAGAAAAAGAGCAAGCUGAACUAAUUGUGACCAUGGGGCAUACCAUCCAAGACCAUCCCAGAACAAAAGGUUGGCAAGAGCAAGACCUACGUAGACUUUUGCCAGGACAAGAAGAGGAAGGAUCUUGGCUGAACAACUUUGUCCUUAAUAAGAUCUUCUUACUAAUAGAGGAGAAGGCCACAGCAGUUGGCAACAAGGUCAGGACCCUUAACUCAGACAUCUUCACAAGGAUGAUUACAUCUUCGACAGAGACAUUCAAAAAUACAACUUUCACCAAUUGUAUCCUAACAUCUUUGAUUCAGAGGUCAUUCUCGCACCAUUCAACCAUGGUAGGCACUGGUGUCUGGUUGUUGUAA